CGCAGGCGCGAGCGAGGAAGGAAGGAGCUUCUCUUCAACAUGGCGGCGACCAUAGACAACAGCAAUGCUGUACAGGCGACAAAGAAAAAGCACCUCGGGAUCCCCGAAGCGGUGUUUGUGGAAGAUGUCGACUCGUUUAUGAAGCAGCCUGGAAACGAGACGGCGGACACGGCGCUCAGGAAGCUGGAUGAACAGUACCAGAAAUAUAAAUACAUGGAGCUCAACCUGUCUCAGAAGAAACUACGGUUAAAAAACCAGAUCCCACAGAUCACCCAGACGCUAGAAAUCCUACGACACAUGCAGAAGAAAAAGGAAACCACAGAGCCUAUGGAAACACACUUUCUACUGGCUGACAACGUCUACUGCAAGGCCUCAGUGCCGCCCACUGACAAAGUGUGCCUAUGGUUAGGGGCUAAUGUCAUGUUAGAAUAUGACAUCAAUGAAGCCCAGGCUCUCCUAGAGAAGAACUUGUCAACGGCGUCCCGCAACCUAGAGACCCUCGAAGAAGACCUGGAUUACCUGAGAGACCAGUGCACCACCACCGAAGUCAACAUGGCACGAGUCUACAACUGGGAUGUAAAGCGAAGGAGCAAAGAAAACCUCCUGAAAUCAGCAACCAAGUCUUAGUUAAACACAAAUGUCUGUCCCCCCCCCAAACUUUGUCCUUCGUCAUUAAAGGAAAAUAAACCCAGAGCGGGAAUCAUGCGUGUUUUAAGCCCAGAGUGGGGCACGUAGAGGACUGAAGCUGCAGAGGCGUCUCCUCUGUCCAGCCCAGCUCCACCUUCCAUCACCACUGUUUUCUCUUGAUUUUUCUUUACUUUUUAGAAACAUUUUUUCAAGUAAAAACUAACCAAAAAAAAUUCAACAAGGCAGUUUUGUAUUAUUUUUCUAUUGAUUCAACUUUGUUCUGUUGGUCUUUUUUUAUUUAUUUCCUUUUGCAGAUUCUGAGGGUUCACUAACGUCUAUAGAUUUCCUUCUGCAUUCCCCACCGAUCGUUUCCCUUGGCAUCAACACUCACCAUUUGUUUCUUCCAGUAGAGCCUGGCUGUUAGUUUAAUGAAUGUUAACAUAAGCUGGUAUCUUCGGUUCCUGUUCCUCAGACCUGCUCCACCAUCAAACCUGCGGUGCUUCUCCGUCCUUUAAGCUUCCUCUUUCCAAAUGUUCUCCCUUUCUGUUUUCCCCCUCUUCCUGCCACUGUUCUGUCCGUAUUUAUUUGUCUUCCACUGUAAUCAUUAACCAACGAA